AUGGUCUACCACUGGAGUACGAUCUUUUGCUUCGUGCUCGGAAUCGAGGCGUUGCAUGAAGAUUUCAGCCACAAGGGCUUGUUCUCAUCCCUCCACCGCGACUCCCUUCAUGACAACUUCCAAUGUUUCGUGCUCGGAAUCGAGGCGUUACAAUGGAGGUCUACUAUGGUCUACCACUGGAGUACGAUCUUUUGCUUCGUGCUCGGAAUCGAGGCGUUGCAUGAAGAUUUCAGCCACAAGGGCUUGUUCUCAUCCCUCCACCGCGACUCCCUUCAUGACAACUUCCAAUGUUUCGUGCUCGGAAUCGAGGCGUUACAAUGGAGGUCUUCUAUGGUCUGCCGCUGGAGUACGAUCUUUUGCGCUUCGUGCUCGGAAUUGAGGCGUUGCAUGAACAUCGGUCUCGGGCACUGGGAUUCUAUCAUGUUCGCGGCUGGAUAUGAGGGAAUGCGCCACUUCGGAACAGCCAAUCCGUUACAGCUAAGGGAAGAACGUGGCGCGAGCAACGGAAAAAAAGUUCGCUCAGGGGUCAGGCCAAUCAGCAAGAACAAUUUCAUUCAGCACAUUUUAUGA